UUCGCUGGGUCAGGGCUGCAGAGGCGCCUGGCGCACGGGCCCGAGCCGAGCCGCGCUGCCCGGGACGCCGGCGGGGGGCCGAAGCCAUGUGCUCCCAGCUCUGGUUCCUGACCGACCGGCGCAUCCGCGAGGACUACCCGCAGGUGCAGAUCUUGCGCGCCCUCCGCCAGCGCUGCUCCGAGCAGGACGUGCGCUUCCGGGCGGUGCUCAUGGACCAGAUCGCCGUCACCGUGGUCGGCGGCCACCUGGGCCUCCAGCUGAACCAGAAGGCGCUGACCACUUUCCCCGACGUGGUGCUGGUUCGGGUGCCCACGCCCUCAGUGCAGUCAGACAGUGACAUCACAGUCCUGCGGCACCUGGAAAAGUUGGGCUGCCGCCUGGUCAACCGCCCGCAGAGCAUUUUAAACUGUAUAAACAAAUUCUGGACAUUCCAAGAGCUGGCAGGACAUGGCGUCCCCAUGCCAGACACCUUCUCUUAUGGUGGGCAUGAAGACUUUUCCAAAAUGAUCGAUGAAGCUGAGUCCCUGGGCUAUCCGGUCGUGGUGAAGAGCACGCGAGGACACCGGGGAAAAGCUGUUUUCCUGGCGAGAGAUAAACACCACCUCUCCGACAUCUGUCAUCUGAUCCGCCACGAUGUGCCCUACCUGUUCCAGAAAUACGUGAAGGAGUCCCACGGCAAAGACAUCCGGGUGGUGGUGGUCGGGGGGCAGGUGAUCGGCUCCAUGCUUCGCUGCUCCACAGAUGGCCGGAUGCAGAGUAACUGCUCUCUUGGUGGCGUGGGUGUCAUGUGCCCGCUGACAGAGCAAGGCAAGCAGCUGGCCAUUCAGGUGUCCAACAUCCUGGGCAUGGACUUUUGUGGCAUUGAUCUCCUCAUCAUGGAUGAUGGCUCCUUUGUGGUGUGUGAAGCCAACGCCAACGUGGGUUUCCUGGCCUUUGACCAGGCGUGCAACUUAGAUGUGGGUGGAAUCAUUGCUGACUACACCAUGUCCCUGCUGCCCAGCAGGCAGAUGGGGAAGCUGGCCGCCCUCCCUGGGCUGGCCAGUCCCAGGGAGCAGAACGAGGCAGACGGCUGUGCUUCAGCUCAGGGAGUUGCAGAAGGCGUCUACACCACCAACGGUGGGUCUACCUCUAGUGAGAGUGAGCCCGAACUGGCAGAAAUCCGGGAUUCCGCAGCCAGCACCACGGGGGCUACCCUGCCCAGGCUGCCCGAGCCCGGCUACAACAUUAACAACAGGAUUGCUUCCGAAUUAAAACUUAAGUGAAUUCCUGCUUUGUUGGCAGCAUUGAAACCAAAUCCUCCUGCUUCCUUAGUAGUUUCAAGUGAAUCAAAUCUGGACUGAUGUGAUUUCAUUUGCACAGAAAACCAGAAAUCCCACCUGGGCAUUCAGCUUUCUUUCUAAUGAUGAUUUAAGCAAAUGGCUUGGCUGUGUGGUUUUUACAAAGACAAAUCGAAAGGCACCCGGAAGAGCGAUCCCAACUGAUCCA